AAAACCUUUUUUUGUUGCGAUGAGCAGCGAUGGAGUAGAUCGUUCUUUGAAAGGGGCGUCAGUUCUUCAGGAUUUGCUACGUUGCCAAUCGGUGAAUCCAUUAUCACUUCGUCUUCAUAAGCAAGGGCGCAAUAUUUUUGACAAAAUUCGUAGCACCCAUUCACGAUCGCUUUUGGAACGCGUUUUAUAUAAUUUGAAUAAAUUGGUAGACGAACUAAAUGAGCCCGGACUGCAGCGGUUAUCAUCCAUUUUAACGGAAGUUCCAUGCGAUGAGGGAGCGUUUCCGGAUUUAAUCAUAAAGUUAUCUGCAAAUUCUGCCGAAUCAACAUCAAUCGCAUCAAUAAUAGAAUGCCUACGUGAAUUGUGUGGGCAAAGUCCUUCCUUUUCGGUUUUAGAAAAUGACUGGACCCUUUUACAGAAUCUUCUUCGCGAUCCAUCUCCAUCUGGCUAUGCUAAUGUAGCUUGCGCCGAUCCAACAACAUCUAAAGAUGCAACUACACAGUGUCGUGCAGAAUUGGGUAGUAUUUCAGCGGAAGAACUUGUUACGUAUAAAGCGUUUAGUCAGUCUGACUUUCGUCAAGUACGCUUGCGCAAUUUCGUAAAAGUCCACCAAGUCGGCCAAGGAGCCUAUGGUGACGUUUGGUUGGCAGAAGAUAUUGUAAAUCAAUCGCCUGUUGCUUUGAAGAAGUUGAAACUAAAUGAAGAUAGGGAAGGUUUCCCUAAGAGUGCCAUUCGUGAGAUAGUUUUGUUGAAUACAUUGAAACAUGAGAACAUAGUUAACUUAUUAGGCAUUGCACAUUCACAGUCAGAAACAGGAUCAGGUAAAGACCACGUGUGGAUGGUAUUUGAAUAUUUACCAUUUGACCUAAGUGGGUAUAUUGAAGCACUACGUGACCCAACCGAGAAGCGGGACAAGUUGUCGAAGCCACUGAUGUGGCUUUCCAUCGGCGAGAUAAAAUCUAUAAUGCUACAACUACUUCGAGCGGUGCACUUUUGCCAUUACAACAACGUUUUGCAUCGUGAUUUGAAAACAGCGAAUUUACUAAUGAACCAUGAUGGUACAAUAAAGCUGGCUGACUUUGGUUUAGCUCGCAAUUGUCCAACUGGUAAAGGGAUGUUAACGAAUAGAGUGGUUACAUUAUGGUAUCGUCCACCUGAACUAUUGCUUGGUAGUGAUAAUUAUCACUCUGGUGUAGACAUGUGGAGUGUCGGCUGCAUUAUGGCAGAAUUGGUCUGCGGUACACAUAUUUUUGCGGCAGACAAAGAGCCUAUAAUUUUAAAAACAAUAGCCGAGCGUUUAGGUCUUCCAAACGAAUCCGAUUUGAGGUUCUUGAGGACUUUACCACUUUGGAACGAACCUUCAGUAAAUCCAUUACACCCAGAUCGACAGGGUAGUAUAGUGACUCGAAAAAAGGAGUUCGAGAAAACAUUUAAAGUUACAAAUGAACUGGGAGAUGAAGGUUGGGAUCUCAUGCGUCGUUUGUUUGCAUGGACACCCGGAAAUCGAAUUUGCGCGCGCAAGGCUUUACAACAUCCAUGGUUCAGUACACCACCUCUUCCUACAGCACUUGUUAGUCGUGCAAACGUCAAGGCGGCACACAGUUUUAUGACAAAAAAUCAGCGAAAGCGUGAAUCGCAAAAGCAACCUGUAAAACGCAACGAGUAUGUGAAGUACGCGAAUACGGGGGAUAUUCGACGUGCUAUAGAGAAGCAUCGUAUUAAUGCUCAGGAGAUACAAUUACCUACUGGAGAUACACACUGAACUGGUAAUAUUUAAGAAACGUAUCAUAUUAUUUG